AUGAUGCAACAGAAAAUUACAAAUAGAAUUUUUAAGGAGAAGAGCAGUGCUUUAUUUAGCAAAGAGCUACUCAGCAGCCAAGAAUUACUUAUGUCCGCAUUAGCCGAACAAAAGCCAGUGGUGAUAGAUGAACCAAAGACGGAGGCUGCAGUGCCAGAUGUUUCAAGCUUAAAAUUGGAAUCUGAAGGCGGUGCUGCCCCAGAAGAUGCCGACGGUGAAGAACCAACUGCAUCUGCUUCAAAAUCGAAGAAAAAGAAGAAGUCGAAGAAGAAGAAGCUUGCUUCUAUCGAUAGCAGCUACCCAGAUGGUGUCUUCCCAGAGGGUCAGUGGAUGGAGUAUCCACUUGAGGUAAACUCGUAUCGUACUACUGAUGAAGAAAAACGUUACUUAGACAGGCAGAAGAAUGAUUAUUGGCAAGAUUUCAGAAAGGGUGCAGAAAUCCAUAGAAGGGUUAGACACAAGGCACAGUCGUCGAUUAAGCCUGGAAUGACCAUGAUUGAGAUUGCAGACCUUAUCGAAAAUGCAACCAGAAGUUAUGCAGCCGCAGAUCACACGAAGACGGCAGGUAUUGGAUUUCCAACCGGUCUUUCGUUAAAUCACGUAGCUGCCCAUUACACCCCUAACGCAGGUGAUAAGACUGUAUUGAACUACGAAGAUGUGAUGAAAGUUGAUAUCGGUGUGCAUGUAAAUGGGCAUAUCGUCGAUAGUGCGUUCACUUUAACUUUCGAUGACAAGUACGACUCCCUCUUACAAGCUGUAAAGGCAGCAACCAAUGCUGGAGUUGAGGCAUCAGGUAUUGAUGUUAGACUUAACGAUAUUGGUGCAGCAGUGCAGGAAGUUAUGGAAUCAUAUGAGUUGGAGCUUGAUGGUAAGUUAUAUCCAAUUAAGUGCAUCCGUAAUCUUAAUGGACACAAUAUCGGAGAUUUUGAAAUUCAUUCUGGUAAAACCGUACCAAUUGUUCCUAAUGGUGAUAUGACCAAGAUGGAAGAAGGUGAGACAUUUGCCAUUGAAACUUUCGGAUCUACAGGUGUUGGUUAUGUCGAUUCUGUAGGAGAAUGCUCUCAUUAUGCCUUGCACAAGGGUAAUCACGAUACUUCUAGAUUACCAACAGGAGCCAAGACAUUGUUGAAUACGAUCGAUGAGAAUUUCGGUACGUUGCCAUGGUGUAGAAGAUACCUUGACAGAACAGGUGCUGAUAAGUAUUUGCUUGCUUUGAACCAGUUGGUCAGAGCUGGAAUUGUUGAAGAUUAUCCACCAUUAGUCGAUAAGAAGGGAUCGUACACUGCACAAUACGAACAUACGAUUUUACUCCACCCACACAAGAAGGAGGUUGUUUCUAGAGGUGAUGAUUACUAG